ACGAUGGUGACGUGUCACCACUUCCUGUCUCCACCCGUUGGCAGCCAUGAUGCAGGAAGGGCUGGACGACGGACCCGACUUCCUCUCCGAGGAGGAGCGAGGAGUGAGUGCUCUGUCUUCACCUCCGCGGGCGGUGAACGUGGAUCUGCAGACGGACGCCACGCUUCAGGUGGACAUCUCUGACGCUCUGAGUGAGAGAGACAAGGUCAAAUUCACUGUCCACACCAAGAGCACGCUCCCUAACUUCAAACAGAACGAGUUCUCUGUGGUUCGACAACACGAGGAGUUUAUCUGGCUGCACGACUCGUUUGUGGAAAAUGAAGAGUACGCAGGAUACAUCAUCCCUCCGGCUCCUCCCAGACCAGACUUUGAUGCUUCCAGAGAGAAGCUGCAGAAACUUGGAGAAGGAGAAGGUUCAAUGACCAAGGAGGAGUUCACUAAGAUGAAGCAGGAGCUGGAGGCAGAGUACCUGGCCAUCUUUAAGAAAACCGUGGCCAUGCACGAGGUGUUCCUGUGUCGCGUGGCCGCUCAUCCCGUCCUCAGGAAAGAUCUCAACUUCCACGUCUUCCUGGAAUACAACCAGGAUCUGAGUGUUCGAGGGAAGAACAAGAAAGAGAAACUGGAGGAUUUCUUCAAGAACGUGGUGAAGUCAGCUGACGGCGUCCUGGUGGGCGGAGUCAAGGACGUGGACGAUUUCUUCGAGCACGAAAAGACGUUUUUGUUAGAAUAUCACAACAGAGUGAAGGACGCUUCAGCCAAGUGUGACCGCAUGAUCCGCUCACACAAAAGUGCCUCAGAUGACAUCAACAGAAUCGCAUCAUCUCUAUACACAUUAGGAACACAGGACUCUACAGAUCUGUGCAAGUUUUUCCUCAAAGUGUCCGAGCUGUUUGAGAAGACCAGGGUACGUUCACACCACUCACAUGACCACCUGUGAGUGAGUGACACUGACGUCACAUGACCUUUCACCU